AUGGGGUCCACACACCAAUCCUGGGAGCAGAUUGUCUCCCAAAAGCGUACUGCAAGAGACCAACUACUCGCGCCAUAUUUGAUCGAUAAUAUCGAGCAUCGAGGGCCCCGGGUCUUGAAUGUUGAUCAGCGCAGUCGUUUGGAGAACGAUCCUCAAGUUCAGAAAAUCACUGAUAUUGAUAACAUCGUGGUUCUGUUACAGUAUCUUCAAAAAGGGGAGUUGACAGCGGAAUCAGUGAUCAAGGCGUAUAUCAAAAGAGCUGUGGUGGCACAUCAACUGACCAAUUGCCUUACAGAAGUUUGCUUCACAGAAGCUUUGGAACAAGCGAAGGCUCUCGAUGCCGAAUUUGAGAUAACUCGCCAGCCCAAGGGUCCUCUACAUGGUAUACCAAUUACCUUAAAAGAUCAAUUUAACGUUAAGGGUCUCGAUACCACAAUUGGAUAUGUCGGCAGGUCAUUUUCUCCAGCAGACGAAGAUGCAGUCUUAGUCCAGAUGUUAAAGAACAUGGGCGCCAUCAUCAUUGCGAAGACAAAUCUCUGUCAAAGCAUCAUGUGGGCUGAGACCGAGAAUCCACUCUGGGGACUGACAACAAACGCCCGAGACCCUUCUUUCACACCAGGAGGCUCUACCGGAGGCGAAGGACCACUGCUCGCUUUGCACGGCUCUAUUCUGGGCUUUGGAACCGACAUUGGAGGCAGUGUUCGCAUCCCACAGAGCGUCGCAGGCCUUUAUGGCUUAAAACCCAGCUUCACUCACAAUCUUCAACAGAGCAGUCGAUUCCCUUACCACGGCCUUCCCGUGUCCACCGAAGGCCAGGAACACGUUCCAUCAUCUGUAGGUCCAAUGACCCGGGACCUCGCAUCGAUCUGCUACAUCACACAGCUCGUAGCAAACGCCCGACCCUGGGAUCUAGACCCACGCUGCGCACCACUCCCCUGGAACGAACUAUCAUUCCGAGAAAUUCAACAGCGACCACUCGUCAUCGGACUAAUUCUCGACGACGGAGUCGUGAGAGUUCACCCACCCAUCGCCCGGGCUUUACAAGAAUUAUCCGCGACACUGAAAGCUCACGGCCAUGAAAUUGUGAUCUGGGAUACAUCCGACCACGCGACUGCGAUUGAAAUAAUGGAUCAAUACUACACAGUCGAUGGCGGCGAGGAUAUUCGACGCGAUAUCGAAGUCGCGGGCGAACCUUAUAUUCCCCACGUCGAAGCUUUGGUUAAUCGCGGCAAACCAAUCUCCGUAUACGAGUAUUGGCAAUUGAAUAAGCGCAAGACUGCUGUGCAUAAGAAAUAUCUUGAUAAAUGGAGUGCUGCCCGUUCGGAUUCGGGGAAGCCUGUGGAUAUAUUGUUGAGUCCGACACUGCCUCAUACGAGUGUUCCGCAUCGCAAGUUUCGUUGGGUCGGGUAUACGAAGAUUUGGAACUUUCUUGAUUAUCCGGCUUUGACGUUCCCUGUGGAUCGAGUCAGAGUGGAUAGGGACCAGGGACCCGUGGAGCCAUAUGCGCCGAGAAAUCCGGUUGAUGAGUGGAAUUGGAAUCUUUAUGAUGCGGAGCAGGUGGAUGGAUAUCCUGUGAAUUUGCAGAUUAUUGGGAGGAAGUUGGAAGAAGAGAAGGUGCUCGGGGCAGCGACUGUUAUUGAGAAGAUCUGGAAGAGCCGUAGCUAG